AUUGAAGCAGGAAAGAAGAUGACGAAUGGCGAAGAAGUGCAUUGCCGAAACGAGCACCCAAUGACCUUGACAGCGGCUCCAAUUCUGCGCCUUGAAACGGCCGUGGUCAAUCGGAUAGCGGCGGGCGAGGUGGUUCAACGGCCGUGUAACGCCUUGAAAGAGCUGCUGGAAAACUGCUUGGAUGCCGGAUCCACUUCAAUUCAAAUCAUUCUCAAACAAGGGGGACUGAUUCUACUCCAAAUUUCGGACAAUGGGAGUGGCAUUCGACACGAUGACCUGCCCAUUCUGUGCGAACGAUUCACCACGUCCAAGUUGAAACAAUUCGAGGAUUUGAGCUCGAUCGCCACCUACGGAUUCCGCGGGGAAGCCUUGGCUUCCAUAUCCCACGUGGCCAAAUUGACCGUCCUGACCAAGACCGCCUCGGAUGUGGUGGGCAAGAAGGCUGUGUUUCUGGAUGGUCACCUCCAAGGCUCACCCUUGUCUAUGGCGGCUAAUCAGGGCACGCAAAUCACGGUGGAAGACCUUUUUUAUAACUUGCCUACACGGAAACGCGCCUUGAAAUCGGGCGCCGAGGAGUUUAACCGAUCCGCGGACAUGGUGGCCAAGUACGCCAUUCAUAACUCGGGACGGGCGGGCUUCAGUCUGAAAAAGGACAAGGACACCACGCCUUAUGUACGGACGACUAAGGACGCCACGCUCCAGACCAACAUUGGACAAAUCUUUGGUCACGCCAUGGCCAAAGAGCUUAUUGAGGUCGCCACAGCAGAUUCAGCUCGACUCAAAUUCAAAAUGUCUGGCUGGAUCACCAAUGUCAAUUACAACUGCAAAAAGUUCAACUUUUUGCUAUUCAUCAACCAUCGUUUAGUGGAUCAUGCCGGGCUCAAGCGGUCCCUGCAAAUGGUGUACAACGCCUAUCUGCCGAAAGGCACCCAUCCUUUCAUCUACAUGUCCUUGGAAAUCGCACCUGAGAACGUGGAUGUCAAUGUUCAUCCCACCAAACACGAGGUCCAUUUUCUGCACCAGGAUGAGAUCGUGGAAUCGAUUCAACAGGCCGUCGAUGCCAAGUUAUUGGGCUCGAACACCUCGCGAACCUUCCUGACUCAAGGAUUAUUACCGGGAGCGCCAAUACCCAAAUUGGAACGCCUUCAAGCCUCUACUUCAGGGUUAGCUCCGCCCCCUAAAAAUAUGAUUCGAACGGAUUCUCGAGAGCAAAAAAUGGACAAAUUCCUAUCCUUUUCCAAAUCAUCGCCUAUUCCUGCUAAAGCUUCCAAGCCAACGGAAAAACCCUUGAUCGACAAUGAAGGUUUAAGUGAACCGUCUACUUCACCACCAUCGAAAUUGAAAAAACUGGACCAAUCGCCAAUUGCCCCAAGCAAAAAUGAUUCCUUGGAGCUGAACAGUCCCUCCAAUAAGCGAGUGAUUCGCUUGGCCAGUAUUAAGAAUCUCCGUGAUCGCGUUCAAAAUCAAUCUCAUGCAGCUCUCAGGGAACUCGUGGCCGAUCACACAUUUGUUGGUUGUAUUAAUCGCCGAUUCUCCUUGAUUCAGCACGCCACCAAAUUGUACGUUGUCAAGAACGAUCCGAUCUCAUGCGAGUUGUUCUAUCAGAUCUUACUGAGGGAUUUUGGCAAUCUCGAUGCCAUCCGCUUGAACCCACCUGUAUCCAUCCGCGAAUUGGUCCUGAUUGCUCUGGAUAAUCCCGAAUCUGGUUGGACCGAAUCCGACGGACCCAAGGAAAAUCUGGCCGAUUUUGUGGCUCGAUCCUUGACAGACCAAUCCGAGAUGCUGGAUGAUUACUUCUCAAUGGAAAUCGACAAAGAUCAGAAGUUGCACUCGAUACCAAUGCUGUUGGCGGAUUAUGUACCUUCGCUCGAUGAACUGCCUUUGUUCAUCAUGCGAUUGGCCACUGAAGUAAAUUGGGACGAGGAGCAGGCUUGCUUCGAUAGCUUCUGCCGAGAAACCGCGCGGUUUUACGCCUUUAAAGCCGAUACCGCCUCGCGAUAUGACGCGGAUCAGCACAACCUGACCCAAGAUGUUCCGGAGGAUCAUUGGAAAUUUGUGGUGGAGCAAGUGAUCUUCCAUCAUGCCAAAAAGUCACUCUACCUGCCGAAAACUUGCCUUGAAGAUAUGACGUUCGUCCAAGCUGCGGAUUUACCCGACCUUUACAAAGUGUUUGAGCGGUGUUAAAACCGAAGAGCAAAGUUUAUAUGUGUGACUUUAAAAUUUAUUUGAAAACGUUCUUUUCUCGUUAAAACAAAAAACAACAAUAGAAAUGAUAAUAUAGUUCA